AUGCUGCGAAAGCCAUUUCUGCGGUUGUGCAAAGGGGCCGGUGCGGCAGUAGUGGGAGGAACUGUUAGUGGUGAUGGCCGGGUCUCAGAAGAACUGGAGCGAAAGACAAAUGAUGUCUUUUCUAUUCGCCGAGCUCCGAAGAGUUUGUUUGAGGAAACUAUGCACAGUAACACACUCACAGACCACCCACUAACACAUCGAACCAGUCGAGAUGAACUUGCAUAUCGCAAACGCAAAUUAACAGAACGUGGGAAUUAUGAACAGGCGGCGAAAGCAGAAGAAGAAGCGGAACGACGUGAUGUGGAAGGACGUGCGGGGGCGGAAACACGUGAGUAUUACAGUGCAAUUUGUUUUGUUGUGCUUGGCUAUCUUACUGCACAUGCGGUGGUGUUUAACAAAUUCUAUCCUGAUGAUCUGCGGCCAAAUUACUCACCGGAUCGUGGUUACUCCGAUGAUGUUGCCGCGCGGCGACAAGAUUUGGAGGCGGUGGAUGAACUGGUUGGCUUAUCUGUGCUUGAGGGUGUGUUUAGCAAACAAAAGGCUUUCAUUAAGAGACAGAUGGCUUGA